AUGAGGAGGGGCAAGAACCCGGCAGACCCCGACGCCGACUUGGUAGAUGGCCUGCUCGCCUUCCUUGCUGACGCGAACCCAGUCAGCGGCAAGCGCAGAGAGGACGCUCUCCGCUUCACGCGGGAUAAUGUCAAAGCUAUGAUCAUGGACAUGCUAUUUGGUGGACCGGAGACGGUGGGGUCCACAACCGAGUGGGCGAUGGCAGAGAUGAUGCGUAGCCCAGACGAGCUCGGGCGGCUGCAGCAGGAACUUGCCGAUGUGGUGGGGCUCGAUCGGGCUGUUGAAGAAUCCGACCUCGACAAGCUCCCUUUCCUCAUGUGCGUCGUCAAGGAGGCGCUUCGCAUGCACCCGCCCAUCCCGGUGCUCCUCCACGAGGCCGCCAAGGACUGUAUUGUUGGCGGCUACUUCGUACCGAGAGGUUCCCGCGUGUUGGUCAAUGCGUGGGCGAUCAACCGCGACUGCGGGGCCUGGAAGGAUGCCGACACAUUUCGACCAGCACGGUUCAUGGCCGGUGAGGGCGAGGCCACCGGGCUAGACCUCAAGGGAAGCUGCUACGAGUUCUUGCCGUUUGGGUCUGGCAGACGCUCAUGCCCUGCGCAGGGGCUCGGCCAACAUGCGGUUGAGUUCGCCGUCGCGCAGCUGGUGCAUGGUUUCAACUGGAAGCUGCCGAACGGCAUGAAGCCAACAGAGCUUGACAUGGGCGACAUUUUUGGCCUCACCGCGUCACGCUCCACACGGCUCUAUGCCGUGCCCACGCCCCGGCUCACCUGCGUUGUGUAA